CAUACACUGUUUACUGCAAUUCACAAGCAUUACUCUUUGGAAGACUGGAAGAAAUUUGCCUCCACUUACCCAGAAUGUCUCGAGCAUGUAGCAGCCAGCUCUGGGAGUAGUCAAGCAGACCUGGAUAAACUAAGCAGCAUCCUGGAAGCCAUUCCUCUUAUCAGAUACAUUUGUCUGGAUGUAGCAAAUGGUUAUUCAGAACACUUUGUAGAAUUUGUGAAGACUGUCCAUGACAAAUUUCCAAACCAUACGAUUAUGGCUGGCAAUGUGGUUACAGGAGAAAUGGUAGAAGAGUUAAUACUUUCAGGUGCUGACAUCAUAAAAGUAGGAAUUGGACCAGGAUCUGUUUGUACAACCAGGAUUAAAACAGGUGUUGGUUACCCUCAGUUGAGUGCUGUGAUUGAAUGUGCUGACUCUGCCCAUGGGUUGAAAGGGCACAUCAUUUCCGAUGGAGGCUGCAGCUGUCCAGGAGAUGUCGCAAAAGCAUUUGGAGCUGGAGCAGACUUUGUGAUGCUUGGAGGAAUGCUAGCUGGGCAUGACCAAUGCACUGGAGAAGUUAUGGAAAAGAACGGCAAAAAAGUGAUGCUUUUUUAUGGCAUGAGUUCAGACACAGCAAUGAAGAAACAUGCUGGUGGAGUAGCUGAAUACAGAGCUUCCGAAGGCAGGACUGUAGAGGUACCAUAUAAAGGAGAUGUGGAGAACACUGUUCGAGACAUCCUAGGAGGACUGCGAUCUACCUGUACAUACGUUGGAGCGGCUAAACUCAAAGAGCUAAGCAGGCGGACAACUUUUAUCCGUGUCACCCAGCAGUUCAACCAGUUGUUUUCCUAA